AUGCAACAGAAUAACAAAGAACAUAUUCAUCUCGACGGCGAUACGCGUUUAUUCCGAGUCGACGAUGAUUUCGUGCAUUUUUCCGAUAAAAUGUAAUUAAUGUGUGUGCUUAUCGUGACGGGACGAAACGACGGAAUAGCGGAACGGGACACGAGGAACGCGAAACGCGUAAAGGAACAUGUAUCCAUCCGGUCCGUGUGAUUUUCCCCGCGCCCUCUCCCCUUAAUCACACGUCUGUCAAAUGGUCGUGAAUUCUCGGAAGAUGUGAGGCUUCGGAAAGCGGGCACGCAAAGGAAAUAGCGUUUCGAGUAUUCGCAUAAUGCUAUUGCAUCUAAAAUACAUCACGGCCGCCGAUGUUCCGAUAUAUUUACGGUAACGACGAGGAAGUAUUCGACGGGGAAAGGAGCGAAGCGAUCUUGGACGGUGUGCACAGCAAUGGCCACGAUAGACAGUGUUACGAUAGAAGACCUCCGGAUCGAGAUCGAGAGGCUCUCACGUGAAUUAGAUCUAGCGUCUACGGAAAAAAUACAAUCGGCUCAAUACGGUCUAGCUUUGCUCGAAGAAAAAUCGGCUUUGGAGCAAAGAUGCAACGAUCUCGAGGCCCUCUACGAAAACACGAAACACGAGUUGGAAAUCACGCAAGAGGCUUUAGCAAAGUUCCAGACAACUACAAAACUGACCACGAAAAGCGGCAUAGAACAGGAAGAAAGUCUUCUUAAUGAAAGUGCUGCACGAGAAACAUCUCUUCAAACGCAAAUUAUUGAAUUAGAGAAUGAAACCAAGCAGUUACGUCAUGAAUUGGAACGGGUGUUAUCCGAACGUGAUCAUGCAUUCCAAGAACGAGAAGAAGUGGGUAAAGACCACCAGCAAGCGGAGACAGAAAGGAAAUCUUUGCGUACUAUGCUACGCGAAUGUAGAUUUCGUGAAGCUAGACUUCUUCAAGAUUAUUCAGAAUUAGAAGAUGAGAAUAUUUCCUUGCAAAAGCAGGUGUCUGGAUUGAGAUCCAGUCAGGUAGAAUUUGAAGGUGCCAAACAUGAAAUAAGAAGAUUAACAGAGGAAGUGGAACUUUUAAAUAGUCAAGUGGAAGAGUUAACAAACUUGAAAAAGAUUGCUGAAAAACAAAUGGAAGAAGCACUUGAAUCUUUGCAAGCUGAACGUGAAGCAAAAUAUGCUCUUAAGAAAGAACUUGAUCAAAGAAUUAAUAGUGAAUCCAUUUAUAAUCUUAGUAAUCUUGCACUUUCAAUUAGAGGAAUUACAGAGGAUCAAACAAUAUGCAGUGAUGGAGAAGAUGAUUCUCCUGCAUUACGUAGAAUUGAGGCAGAUUUAAAAACUCAGGAACCAGGUACUUCAGCCACUGACAAGCAAGUUGAUUUGUUCUCUGAAAUCCAUCUCAAUGAGUUAAAAAAAUUAGAAAAGCAGUUAGAACUUGCAGAGUCAGAAAAAGCUCAUCUUACACAGAAUUUAAGGGAAUCACAAUAUGCUGUUGAGAAAAGUCAGAACGAAUUACAAUCUUUUGUUGCACGUAUAGUGCAAUUGGCAGCUCAUGUACAAUCUCUGCAUCACCUUCAUUCUAAAUUACCUGAAAAACAAACUGAAGAAGCUACACUGGAUAAAUUGAAUCAAGCCAUUAUGCAGUACCAUCAAUGGAGUACUAUGUCUGCACGUGAAGUGAAUCAACUUCAAAAAGAUUUAGCUGAAUUGGAAAAUGGUUUAACUAUAUCUGAUUCAACGCAACAGUUACGAACGGAAUUAACGAAUCUGAGAAAUAAGAUCCCCGAGUCAGAGAAGAGCCUUCGAGAAAAGCUUUUAGAUACAGAGCAAAGAAGUAUACAACUUGAAUCUGACAUUGCUAUUCUAUCGAAACUCGCAGUGGAAGCUGGCGGUUUCCUUGACUCCGCGCAGAAUGAUUUGCAAAAUAUUUCUGACGAGCUUGCUCAACUUUACCAUCACGUUUGCACAGUUAAUGGAGAAAUUCCAUCGCGCGUGGUUCUUGAUCACGAAAAGAUCGUUCCUGAAAAGGAAGAAGAGAAUGAGAAGAUAGAAUGGUGCAGAACUUUGUUCAAGACAGACAUUCAAAUUAAAGAUUUAGAAAGUUUGAGUAAAGCUAAAGAAAUAGCGAAACAUAUAGAAACUGCAAUGGAUCAAAUUAAACAUCUCAGAAGCGCUGUCGAACAUACAAUUGAACUUUCCAAGGUUAAAGGAAUACAGUCGAACGUUUGCAACGUGUGCGAAGGGUCUGUAAAUGAGAACAAGGCAGAAGUAGCAGACCUACAGGAACAAGCGAUUAGGUUGAAGGCCUUGUUAUCCGCUAAACGCGAGCAAGUUGCAACAUUAAGAACAGUGCUGAAAUCGAACAAGAAUACCGCAGAAGUAGCGCUUACAAACUUGAAGAGCAAAUAUGAGAACGAGAAGAUCAUUGUUAACGAAACCAUGUUGAAGUUAAGAAACGAACUUAGAAUGUUAAAAGAGAACGCUGCAACAUUCUCAAGUCUGCGUGCGAUGUUCGCCGCACGCUGCGAAGAAUACGUGACACAGGUCGAGGAACUCCAGCGGCAGCUGGCCGCGGCGGAAGACGACAGGAAAACGUUGAAUCAGCUUUUGCGGCUCGCCGUGCAACAGAAGCUCGGCCUGACCAUGAAACUGGAGGAAUUGGAGGUGGACCGAGAGUUACGGAAUACUCGACGGCACGCGGCGAGUGCAAACGGACGAGGUAGACCGCGAUUGUCGCAACAGACGAACCGUCCUCACUUAGGCAGAGAGUUCUUCUAGAAAAUGAUGAAGAUGUGGAGCAAAAUAUUCUGAGAGAGACGAGGAUAUUGAACUUUUCAAUUUUUUACUGCUCGCCGUCGAACCGUAUAUAGUCAUUGACAUAUAGUUGCUUUUCUCAAAGAUUAGGAAAUCAAAGAGUUCCAACAGUAUUGCGAGCUAUCCUUUUUCGAAUAUAUUUCACAUCGAUUAUUCGUAGACGCAUAGACAGAGUAGAAAUUGUAUAAAACCGUUCUUGUAAUACGUUACGAGAAUAUUUUUACAACAUUCGGGCAGAUCAAUGACCAUUUAACUCUAGAACUACCAAGGUGAAAUCUUUCGUGUUCUAUAUUAGAAGGGGCGACGAGGAGGAGGAGGAGGAGGAGAAGGGCGAUAAUGUUCACCAACAGUUUUUCAAACAGAAACGUUAGUUUGUAAUGGGCAUUUUUGGAUGUGCAAUAGUUAGCUUUAAGAAAUACGCAACAAUUUGUUGGAAACAUUUUUAAAGCCUUUGAUCGAUUCGAGAAGUUUUACAUUUAGACUAGGUUCUUGAUAAAUAAGAAUCGCAUUUCAGCGUAACAUUCUAUCCUUUUCGUGAGAACUGUGUUGUAUCGUAUCGUAGACACAUUAUGUUUUUAACAAUGACGGAAAUCUCGUUGAUGUAGCAACAUCAUUUCUAACAUUUUCUGACGUAUUCUGAAAGAUGACACGUUUUUGUCUCCUCCUCUCUUAUCCCUUUUUCCCAAAGUAGUGCUAGGGUUAACAGACGAAAAGACAAGAAAAGACCUGUUCUCCUCGUUUGUAAGGGACAACUUUUGUAAUGGAUUUAACGAGACGCGGAGCAGGACGUUUGGAAAACUUUGAAAUGUUCAUAUUUUCUUGCAACGAUGUUGCUCCAUAUCGUAGGGAUAUUUAGGAAGCUCUGCCUUCUGUUACCAAUGUUGUUAGUAGAGAUGCCUGAUGACAAGCGUAAUAACGUGUUUCUGUUGCUUUUGUUUUACGCGACCGGCACGGAACUCUGUGGAACGUUCUGUGCCCGAUGAAUGGAACGCAUUCGCAACCGAAUCGCGCAAACGAUUCUUGCGAAUGCGAGAACGCUUAAGCAUAUAUAUUUCGAUGAGUUGAUUUUCAAAUCGAUUCGCCUUUCUUUUUUCUUUUCUUCUUUUAUUUUAAAAGAAAGAGAGAUACGUUAAUUGUAUAUGUGUUUAUUUCUUAUAUUUCAGCCGAUGAUAUAUACGUUUUUUAGUCGGAUUUUAUAUUUAUCUAGUACGAUGUUGUUUAUCAGUUUGUAACCGCGUAGAAAAUAUUCAUGCAUGAAUGGCUCGUAUGAUUAUAAUACUUGUUAGAUCGAGUCACGGAUAACUUCCAUUCUGUACCUUUCGAGUUCGUUAUUCUUAUCCAACGCGACCGAGUCCUCUGUUAUCACGAACAGACCGCAGAUGUUCGUGCAGUUUCACACUUAAGUGGAUCGACUUGUCAUUGUGUUUCGUGCGGCUGUAUUCGUCGAGAGAUGCAUAAAAUCGGCAGUCUACUUACGGAUUAAUAAUUAACCGUUUAUUCGUUGGUCGACGAAUACGCCGCCCGCGAUGGAAGUUGUUCGCGACUCGGACGAGUACAUGAGACAAAUGCAAGUUCUUUCGUAUUAAUGGGGGUGCAUGACGAAAACAGGAAAAAAAAAGAAAAUGAACGUAUACUGUUUUUUAGGUAGACGAACAAGAAAAACAAGAAUUUUACAUUGCAUACCAUAGAGACAAUAUUAUUGUGCGCGACAAGUAGCGUUUAUAAUCAAAGUAGAACGGAGAGUACACCGUAGACGUGUAGAGUCGAAGGGAAAAAAAAA